CUCCGUCAGCAUUUGCGCUUCCACGGGCCUACCUCGGACAGCAUGUGAGAUGGCGGGGGCUGCUGGGCCGGCAUUAGACCCCUAUGCAUGCUUCGGUGCGUCUUUCCUUUUCUGUUGGGGCCACUGUGUUGAAUACACUGCUUUUGGGCGUCACAUCCUAUCAUUCAUGAGGGUGUCGUCGCCGAGGGGUUCCCGCUCCGCGAAGGGGCCGGGUCCACGGGAUGACCUUAUUGGGCCUGCCCAGUGGUGGGACUGGGGCCGCGUUGGAGGUGGGGCCAACCUGACAAGCAUUCUCUCAGCUGCCAACCACUAA